AUGACUGUGGUGUCCCAGGAGAACCACGACGACAGUGUGGUCGUAACUCCUUUGUUGCAAGAUGCUGCUGACUUGGAACCAGCGGACCAGGAGUGCAGCGAGAGGGUGGUCAUCAACAUCUCAGGGCUGCGCUUUGAGACGCAGCUAAAGACCCUGUCCCGCUUCCCGACCACGCUUUUGGGAGAUCCGCGUAAACGGAUGCGUUUUUUUGACCCGCUGAGAAAUGAAUACUUCUUUGACAGGAACAGGCCGAGCUUUGACGCCGUCCUCUAUUAUUACCAGUCAGGAGGGCGGCUUAGGAGGCCCGUGAGUGUACCUGUGGAUAUUUUCCUGGAAGAAAUCAAGUUUUAUGAACUGGAUGACGAGGUCAUAGAACUUUUCCGAGACGAUGAAGGCUUGGCGAGGGAAGAGGAUCGCCCCCUGCCUAACAACAUCUACCAACGCCAGCUAUGGCUCCUGUUUGAGUAUCCAGAGAGUUCAGGACCAGCUAGGAUAAAUGCCAUUGUGUCUGUUAUGGUUAUUUUAAUAUCCAUAAUCAUAUUCUGCUUGGAGACUUUACCCGAGUUCAGAGAAGUCUCCACGCUGCCCGAAAAUCAGCCCAAUGGAAGUGCUCACGGCAAGGAGCCCAGUCCGUUCACAGAUCCAUUUUUUAUGGUGGAGACACUUUGCAUCGUGUGGUUCUCUUUUGAAUUCACCAUGAGGUUUCUGUCCUGUCCCAGCAAAGCAGCUUUCUUUAAAAACAUCAUGAACCUGAUCGAUGUUGUGGCCAUAGCUCCUUAUUUUAUCACGCUGGGCCUCGAUCUGGCUGAGCACCAGGGCAGCAGCCAGCAGGCUGCGUCUUUGGCCAUCCUGAGGGUCAUCCGUCUGGUGCGUGUUUUCAGGAUUUUUAAACUUUCCAGACACUCCAAAGGUCUCCAGAUUCUCGGCCAAACGCUUCACGCCAGCCUCAGGGAGCUUGGACUGCUCAUAUUCUUCCUGAUCAUUGGAGUCGUUUUAUUCUCCAGUUCUGUUUACUUUGCAGAAGCAGACGACCCAGAAUCAGGAUUUACAAGUAUACCUGAUGCGUUUUGGUGGGCUGUGGUGACAAUGACCACAGUUGGAUAUGGGGACAUGUGUCCCUCCACCAUGGGGGGGAAAUUUGUUGGAUCUUUGUGCGCCAUCGCCGGGGUGCUAACCAUAGCGUUACCCGUCCCUGUCAUAGUGUCAAACUUCAAUUAUUUCUACCACAGAGAGAACGAGGAUGAGGAAAAUGUUCAGUACGUUCACGUGACAUGUGGGCAGCAGCCGCCCUCCUUAUUGGGUGAAUGUGACUCAAACAAAAGUGAACGGUCGCUUUCCAAAACUGACUCCUUUCAGGAAAGCGACGAAUUGGAAACUUUGACUUAUCCAAGGGUAACCUCAGUGGAGACAUACGCAGGGAAACUGACGGAUGUAUAAAACGUUGGAAGACUUUUGGAGGCAGACGAUUAUGUGAAGCUUGUUUCUCCCUCAGAGUCGCAACAAAAUACAAGCGUGGGAUUCUCUUGUUCUCCAAGUAUUGGAUCAUUUCUCACGGAUAUUCGUGCAUUGCCAGUGUUGUAGCCUACAGAGACCUCAUGGAUGAAUCGCUUUGAAAAGGCUCCAUCUGCCUUAAUGGACAUUGUGUGUAUCAUCAGUAGAGAGAAAAAACGACAUUCUUUUGUGUAGGCUUUUUUUAAGACCACGCUUUCUUUGUAUACAAAGCCAUGUGUAUACUGUGUUUUUGUAAUUCUGAUUUUUUCCUUUUUUUUCUUGUGCAGCUUUUAAUGCAAAGUUGGAAUCGCAACUUGCCCUCUGUGCUGUUACAGCCGUUCAGCUUGCACCGCAGCUCGCUGUAAACAACAACAUAGCCCUAAGACAUUACUAUGCAAUGUCUGCAUGACAUGAAUGCAUUGUGCAUUUUAAUUGUAAUAAAAUAUUUAUUUUUCUAAUUUAAACAUGUAU